UAAUUUGGCUGAGAUUCAUAGCCCAGACUAAAAGCUAGAAGAAGCAAAGUUGCACAAGACUAAGAUCCAUUGGUCAGCAGGUGAUAAAAAGUGAACGAACGGAAAGAUCAAACAGACCCUGCACUUUUUGCAAAAUGACAAUAAAAAAAAAUUAUAUCAGACAUACCUCGCUGCGCCCCGCUGGCGAUCAAUUCGACGGGGACCACCCUCAGCUUCUGCUUUUCCCUCUGCGAUCUGCCUCUACUCCAGCUGUUCCGGCCAAAUUAAGCGCCGACGUUCAAUCUCUUUUAUCCGUAGCCAGCUUCUAAUACAUGCGCUCAUUAAUCCAAAAUGGCGACCGAUGUGGUCCAAUCCAGUGGGAAGCAGCGAACAAGUACCACAAAAUCGAGGUCAUCCACGGCAACGUCUUCAACCUCAGAGACCUCAACAAAGCAGGGAACGCCGCGAAUUCAACAAAUCACAAGACCAAGGCCAUCAACAGGAACAGCUUCAACAUCAGAGGCCUCCACAAGCAACGUGAGCAGUGUUCCUUACGCCACAGGCUCGAGCUACAUAGGCUCAUCAGCAACAUCGAUUUCCAGCCGUACUUCAUUGUCCAGCCUCCGCGACUCGUUGCCGGAGAACCCUCACAUUUACGAUUUCUCUGAGAUAAGCUCCGCCACCAAUAAUUUCCUUGCCAAACGGUACUCACCGUCGUCUUCUUCCACCGCGUGCUGGCGGUGCACGCUCCGCGGCAAGGAUGUGAUAGUGUUCCAGCGCAAGUUCUGGCGGAGGCUGGAGAUGGCGCAACUCAAACAACGAUUGUCUGUGAUCUGUAGAAGUCAUCACAAGAGCAUAACCAGGCUUCUCGGAGCGUCGAUUUCUGGUGAACACUUAUACCUAGUUUAUGACUUUGUUAAGGGAGCAAACCUAGCGAAUAUCCUGAGAAACCAGAGGAACCCUGACUUCACUGUGUUGUCGACUUGGAUUUCGAGAAUGCAGAUCGCCGCGGAUCUCGCUGAUGGUCUCGAUUACAUCCACAACAAUACUGGAUUGAGCAUAAGCUUUGUGCAUAACCGUAUAAAAAGUAACAGCAUUGUCAUUACGGAGCCUAUAAAGAGUAACCGUACAUCCAUUGCGGAGACUUUGCACAACGCCAAGAUAUGCCAUUUUGGAACGGCCCAAUUGUGCGGCGAAACCGACGAGAAUCAGCUGCAGCCCCAGGUUUCUAAAUAUGAAGGCGAAAUCGUGGAAGAAGAGUCCUUUUCGUCAACGAAAUCUCCGGAGUUGAAGCGAACGAAUAGCAGAGCGAUGCAAUUCGAAGGUGUCAGAGGAUACAUGUCGCCGGAAUUCCAAUCCACCGGAGUGGCGACGCAGCAAUCAGAUGUGUACGCGUUCGGAGUUGUGAUCCUGGAACUCUUGUCUGGCGAAGAGCCAUUGAAAUACAAGUUCGAUAAAACGACCGGCGAAUUCAGACGAACGUCGGUGAUCGACACUGCAAGAGCAGCAAUCGACGAUACCGAUGGUAAAGAUGGGAGAUUGAGGAGGUGGGUGGACAAGAGGCUGAAGGACUCCUUUCCGGUUGAGGUUGCGGAGAAGGUGACACGUUUAGCACUGGACUGCGUACACGUGGACCCUGAUCAACGGCCCGACAUGAGCCACGUUUCUGGAAAGAUUUCCAAGCUUCUCAUACAGUCAAAGAAUUGGUUGGAUAAGUUGAAGGUUCCUACUGAUAUCUCGGUCUCGUUGGCUCCUCGUUGAGUUUCCCCCUUUUUUAUUUUAAAUCCUUUCAUCAAUUGUUGGGCGGCGUCGUUUUGAUUGUGACGCAACUGGUGGGCAUUAUAUAUGUUGCGGCCAAUUUUCAACCCUUUUUUGGGGUUUAAUUAUGAUUUCGAGAUUUCAAUAAA